CACGAUCGAUCGAUCGAUCGACGCGACGACUAGUAGACCACACCCAACAAGAUGGCGGGAUUGUGCAGCAAUUCUAUUGAUGGGGAAACGCUAGAAAAAGCAAGAAGAGAGCUGAAUGAAGACCCAGACACUAGAGAGCAAGUAAUUGCUGACUUUAGGGCAGCCAUAGAAGAGAAAGAAAAUGAUCCAGAGUUAGAAGGUGUUGUAUUUGAAAGAAAGGAUUCCCCUUUUCUCUUGCGGUUUCUCAGAGCAAAGAAGUUUGACCAGUCUCGCUCUCUCUCCCUCUACAUGAAAUACCACACGAUAAGGAGAGACCACGGAAAGAUAUUCACUGAAGACGAUUCAUCAGCAAACCUAUCUCAUAUUCUUAGCAGUGGGAUACUGUAUGUGUUGAAUGGGAGGACAAGGAAUGGAGAAAAGGUGGUAUGCAUUAGACCAGAGAAAUGGGACAUGGAGCAAGAUCCAGCUGAACGAAUGAUAAGAACUGUCCUUUUAAUUCUUGAUAAAUUACUGGAGGAUGAAGAAACCCAAGUUCAUGGCAUUCGUGUUUUUGAGUAUUUUCAGGGUAUUGAAUUCGGACAACUUUGGAAGUUUUCUCAAACUGAAGCAGUUAAAAAUGGAACCUUCGUUAAAAUACUGCAAGACAGUACACCUAUCAGACUGAAAGGUGUCCAUUUUCUUUGUCAGCCCUGGUAUAUUAGUCUUGUCCUUACGAUCGUAAAACCUUUUAUGAAAGAAAAACUACGUCAAAGACUACAUAUACAUGGUACUGAUUUCACUGAGUUACAUUCGCUAAUGGAUACCAGUCUAUUACCAGCUGAGCUAAACGGAACCGGCCCUCCUCUUGAAUAUUUCAUUGCCUCUCGUCUGUUUAAAGAUGAAUUAGGGGAGCAGGGAGGCGGGGCUGAGGGUGUGGUCAAUCAAAAUGAAGAGAAUGAGCAAUGACAUGUAUAAUUAUUUUAAAUGAUUAUUGUACAAUAUUUUCUAUUUU